AUGAAGUCGAUUCUUCCCUACAGCCUGCUUGCUCUAGGUUGCCUGGCCACGGCAUCCAGGCAGAGCCCUGUAUCUGUCGCCGCUGCCGAUGCCGACGAUGAUACGCCUCUUCCCCUCAUCAUCUGGCAUGGCCUAGGCGACUCGUUCGACGGUGAAGGCAUUCAGCAGGUCGCUGAACUGGCCGAUGCCGCCUUCCCCGGCAUCUACGUCCACAUCGUCAAGGUUGGCGCCGACCCCAAUGCCGACCGUUCGGCUACCUUCUUUGGCAACGUCUCGACCCAGCUCGAGCAGGUCUGCGCCGACAUCGCCGCCGACCCCAUCCUCUCCUCGGCCCCGGCCGUCGACGCCAUCGGCUUCUCCCAGGGCGGCCAGUUCCUUCGCGGCUACGUGGAGCGCUGCAACGCGCCCCCCGUCCGAUCCCUCAUCACCUACGGCAGCCAGCACAACGGCAUCGUCAGCUUCCGUGCCUGCAAGGACGGCGACCUCCUCUGCAAGGGCGCCAUGGCCCUGCUGCGCUUCAACCAGUGGUCCUCCUUUGUCCAGAACCGCCUCGUCCCCGCCCAGUACUACCGCGACCCGGCCCCCACCGAGUAUGAGAAGUACAUCGAGUCGUCCAACUUUCUCGCCGACAUCAACAACGAGCGCGCGACGAAGAACAGCGCCUACGCCGACAACGUGGCCCGCCUCGUCAACUUUGUCAUGAUCAUGUUCGAGCACGACACGACCGUCAUCCCCAAGGAGACGUCGUGGUUCGAGGAGGUCAACGGCACCGAGAGCCUGCCGCUGCGCGCGCGCAAGCUGUACACCGAGGACUGGAUUGGCCUGCGCGCGCUCGACCGCAAGGGCGGCCUCAAGUUCAGGAAGGUGCCCGGCGAACACAUGCAGUUCACCAACGAGCAACUCAACGCCACGAUGCACGAGUUCCUCGGUCCAGCUUCCAAGAAGUUUGCCGCCGAGGCGCCCGAGCUGCCUCUGCAAGACGCAUGGUCCCAGGAGCUGUAA